AUGAACCGACCAAAAGCUUCUGAAGAGGCAGCACCUGCCUACCAUGAACUAUUCGACACGGAAUCUGUCAAUCAACCGGCAGCGACAUCUUCAAGGACGCAUCAAUACGCUGCUGUCCCCCAUAAUGACCUGGACGAAAAUGCAAACGCCGCCAGCUGUCACGAUGUGGAGUCUCACCCUCAUGAGUCCUCGCAUCCUCUUACGCAGCUAGACCCUACAAAGCCACACUUCCACUGCGAGACGUGCGACCGCCAGCUCGAGCGCCGAGAGAGAUUGGAGAAAGAGGAUGCAGGCUGUCGGGUGGUUGCACUGGUGUUUAUUGUGCUCAUUAUCAGUUUGGCAUUGCUGGGGAUUGUGAUCAUUGCACGGACGGGGAAAUAA